UUUGGUUAUAAGGUAAGAAAAAGAACCAACACAGUCAUUUUCUGUCUAUUCUCUGCACAGCGCCACUGUCCAAACCUACCAUUGUCACCUCCAACAUUACUGCAGUGGAGACCAAGGACUUCUCAUUGACAUGCCAGGCUACAGGUCAAAUUCACACUUACCAGUGGUUCAUAAACGGAGUUGCCCCAGCUGGUAGCAGGAUACAGCUGUCGCCAGAUAAGAGGACACUCACUCUCCGCAGGCUCACAAGAAGAGAUAACAAAGGGCCAUAUGAGUGUGAAAUCCGGAAUCCAUUUUCUAGCAAUAGGAGUGAUCCAUUCACACUGGAUGUUGCCUAUGGCCCAGAUAUUGCCACAAUUGACCGUAUAAGCGAUCGUUUCGCAACGGGGAACAAUGUUACCUUGAGCUGUGUUGCUGAUUCUAACCCACCAGCACAAUUCACUUGGUUACAGAAUGGAAAAUCUGUCAACAACUCAGCCUCAUUUUCUAUUAUUACAUCCCUGAAUCAUAUCGGAAACUAUACCUGUAUUGCAACUAACUCAUUUACUGGCUUGACGCGCACUGCAAACAAGACUCUUAUGAUCUAUGCACCACUGUCCAAACCUACCAUCAUCACCUCCAACAAUACUGCAGUGGAGACCAAGGACUUCUCAAUGACAUGCAAUGCUACGGGUCAAAUUCACGCUUACCGGUGGUUCAUAAAUGGACUUGCCCUAGGUGGUAACAGGAUACAGCUGUCGCCGGAUAAGAGGACACUCACUAUCCGCAGUCUCAGAAGAACGGAAAACAAAGAGCCCUAUGUGUGUGAAAUCGAGAACCCAUUGUUUAGUAAAAGGAGUAAUCCAUUCACACUGAAUGUUACCUAUGGACCAGAUAACGCCACAAUUGUACAUUCAGCCAAUGAGUACCCUACUGGGGCAAAUAUUACCUUGAGCUGUGUUGCUGAUUCUAACCCAGCAGCACAAUUCACUUGGUUACACAAUGGACAAACUGUCAGCAACUCAGCCACAUUUUCUGUUAUUGCAUCCCUGAAUCAUGCUGGCACUUAUACCUGUACUGCAUCUAACUCAUUCACUGGUUUGACGCGUACUGCAACCAAGAAUAUUAUAAUCUAUGGUGAGUAUCUGGAUUGGGCCCCCAACUUUGUGUGGGGCUCUCUCUUUCCCUGGCAUGACAGAAAUAGACAAAAGUGACUCUCCCCCCCCCCUG